AUGACCACUGUGACUUCACCAGAUGUCAUUGCUCAAGACAGCAUCCUCACAUCAAAGAAUGCCAAAGACAACCGUGUUAAGCUGGGUUCUGGAAUCAUGAAUAUCAGCAACAUACAGAUCCUCUAUAUCCACGGUAUCCUGGCAAGAAAACACACCAACUCUGUAUCAUGGAUGCUCCUUGCUCAUAAUCACUAUGUGCACUUCCGCAAGGCAGAAGAGUUUGCUAGAGAAACCGCCGAAGCUGGGUGGCUUGCAAGCCAGACUGAAAAGGAGACUGCCCAGAGGCGUAGACAGUGUGUUGAACCCAGUCGCAAGAAAAGAAUUUCAAUUAAUCAAGUUGCAUUCCUUCCCGAUGCCAGAGAAUCUUUCUCAGUUCAUUUAGAUAAGAAAAAACCUGAGGCUCAAUUUGCUGCUAAAUGUUACAACAUAAUCAAGGAACCUUAUGGACUAUCUGAGGAUGAAGGAGACAUUGCGGAUGAUGAGCGCAAUUUUCCACAAGAUCGGGCAUUUGAUCUUGGGAAAGCAAUGGAUGUGGAUUUGGAUUCUGUUCAAAACAAAGAGACUGACGGGAUGUCUGACUUCUACUCUGAUGGUGAAUUUGGCGCCUUAGAUGACUUGACAGAAUGA